AUGUCUGGGUCCGUCCGCAUCUUCUCCCUCCUCACAGGCCUCGCCGUCUUCGCCCUUUUCUCCUUCAAAGCAAUAAUGUCGUCCUCUCCCCCAAACCUCGAAAUCACACUCUCCUCGCCCUCCAUCCCACCAUCCUUCUCCGACCCCCUCACCCUCACCUUCGACGUCUCCGUCACAAAUCAAGGCGGCAGCCCCGCCACAGUCCUGAAAUGGGGGUCCCCGCUCGACGAGCGCGCGAACGUCCUGGGCGUUUUCGAGAUAAGGGAUGUUGAAUCCGACGAGAUCGUUCCGCUGAACAGCAUAAAGUUCAACCGUCAGCUGCCGCCGCCGAAAGAGGACUUCGUUGAGAUUGCGUCGGGCGGGAGUGUGACGGCGGCCGUGACGAUCCCGCUUGUGCCGCUUGUGGGCGGGAGGUCGUAUACGCUCAAAGCCAAGGGGUGGUGGCAGGCUGUUUGGGAGCGUUCGCUGGAUGAUGUGCCGGAGAGUGAUCUGGAUCAGCUGAAGGGGGCGUUGAGGGGGGAGUUUGUCUCUGAGGCUGUGCCGGUGGUGGAGGGGUAG